CCAGAACAGACAGGAAGUGCUGAAGUUUAGCAGACCCUACCGUGAGGAUGUUUGCUGCUUGUUCUGCUGCCUCAUGGUCAUCAGAGUGUUCAACUCAUCUAACAGUCUCGUAGGCUUCGUGCAGCAGAAGUGGAGCUUGUUUAGUCCAAGCCUCUCAGUGCACAACUCAGAAGGAACAAGAACAAUGGACAUUAGUGGCUCCUGGAGUGCAGCUCGUUGUCAUACUGAGCAGGAAUUCCAAGUCACAUCUCUGGAAGGACAACUUGUGGCGAUCAUUUGGAAGAGGUGGCCAGGAUUUAAUGAGGAUUAUAACAUGGAUCAUGAUUUCUUUGGCCUGGAUAUUUCAGCCUCUCUCAGUCCAACUGACAAGGCCCUUCUUUUAGCUGCAACAUUUUUACUGAACUACAUGUUUUUUGAGAUGAGCUGA